CGUUGGCAGUAGCAACAGAGAGCCAUCCAAGGUUUUGAUCUGAUGGGAAUAUUCAGUCUCGCUACCAUGCCGCUCGUUCGCUUACUUGCGCUCAUCGUGCUGCUCACCGUAGUCGCUGCCUUCACCGACGAUAAAAAAUGCGCCUCAAAGGAAAUUGGUUCUUAUGGCGACCACAUACGUAGAUUUGAAGAGAAAAUUCCAUACGGGAAGACAAGAAAAGACUUUAUCGAAAAACCUUGCAAGCCAGACAAGUGGGUCGGUGAACAGGUAGAGGUGUGCAACGUAAAGAAAACUACUAAAGAGUUCCCAUCCAUUGAAGGACCUCCCGAAGGAAAGUUAACACCCGUGAAUCUCACUUGUAAAGAUCAUGACGGAUGUGACUUAUCUUAUGUUUAUCAAUGUAUGAGUAAGUAAACUGACCUUUAGGCCUUGUUUCAAACUUAAAACACUUUCACUAGGUGGUUAGUUUUUUGCGGUUUCAGUCUUGCAAGUGCGACGUACGUGCGCUGAAGCGUGCCGUACGUUACAAGUUUUGCGGAAACCGCAAGAAAUUAAUAGCAGUGCGUGCUAACCCUUA